UCAACAGCAAUAUUUAUUAUGUUUAUUCGUGGCGAAUAAAUAUGUGCAUCUCCAGCUCGUCACAGUUUGAACAGGGCAGAGGAUAUGGGGAAAGGCACGCUGAUUGGUGGAGAUCGGACGGGCAACGUAAGCGCUCCUCUUGAAUGAGAGAGAGAGAGAAAACAGGCUCACUGCAAUAGGCUAUAUUAUAGUAAGAAGAGACCACUCAGAGAAGCGGACGGACUCAGGCCCCACUGCCUCAUCGCAUCUAAUGGUACCUCCUUGGCAUUUUCUGGAGUAAACAAUUUGGAAGAGGCGACAGCGCGUCAGUGUUCACUGCAGGAUUCGCGUCUGGACAAAAACGCGCACAUUCCAGAGCUGAAUUUGGUUUUCCAAAUUGAUUUGCUCCAUCCAAAAUGAUGAUGUUUUUGUUUUCUGUAUCAUAGUUUUAAAGCUCAAAGAUAAGUAUUUUGAGCAUGUUUGAAGAGCGAUUAGAUACGCGUUUUGAUUGAUUAUUUUUUUAAACAUCUGAAAAUGGAACAACAGCUCUCCAAACCCGAACGCAAAAACAUGGACUCGUGUCUGAGACGUCUGAAGCAAGAGCUGGUGUCCAUGAAAGAAGCGGGAGAUGGCCUCCACGCUCAGAUGAACUCCAUGAUGGGCGCCCUCCAGGAACUCAAACUCCUCCAGGUCCAGACCGCGUUAGAAAGCCUCGACAUUUCAGGACGGCCCAUUAACCGAGGCCCCCCGCCACCCACGUCCGCCCCUCCCGUCGCAUCGUCAGCAGCCCAACCCCCCGUGGAUGGGAACCCCGCCAUCCCUUGUCGAAGCCCGACUCCGCCUGAGGAGGUCGGUCCUUUCCCCGGCCUGAGUCCCAUGCUGAGUCCCAGGCCGUCGCCUGACAGCCGAGUCAGCAGCACCAGCCAGGGCAACGGGACGGGGAGCCGGGCCCACCAGCGGAGCUCCGUCUCCUCCAGCUCCAGCCUGGGACGCAGCAGCAGCAGCGAGGGUACCGAGAGCCCCCAGAGAAGCCAAAAGAGCGAGCCCGAGGCGGUUCCCAGGAGGUGGUCGGGCUACACGGCCCCUCAGGUGGACUUCUGCGGCCCCACGGUGGGCAACCCUCCGCCGGAGCCCGUCCCCCACCCGUCGGCCCCCCGGCGCUCCCAGGCGCUGGACCUACCCGGCAUCCUGUACAGCCUGUCCCGGGAGGGGCCCUCACUGGACAGCGACUACUCCCAGGACAGCAUGGACGACUCCAGCGACUGGACCUCCUCGCUCAUGAGCCAGCGGCGCAACCGGCAGCCCCUGGUGCUGGGGGACAACGUCUUCGCCGACCUGGUGGGCAACUGGCUGGACCUGCCCGAGCUGGAGAGGGGCGAGGAAGAGGCGGCGGCAGAGGAGGAGGAGCUGGAGGAGAUGAGGAAGAGGAGGGGCGAGAGGAUCACGGACCGGUGGCCGGACCGGCCCGACAGCCCGGCCCACCCGCUCCGCCUCAGCAAGUCCCAGGAGAUCUCCAAGAAGUUCUCGCUGACCACCAACAUCUUCAAGAAGUUCCUGCGCAGCGUGCGGCCCGACCGGGACAAGCUGCUGAAGGAGCGGCCCGGCUGGGUGGCCCCGGAGCACCCGGAGGGAGACCUCUCCAAGAGGCCCAAGAAGGCGGCGCCCAAGAGCAGCGCCAGGGGGAGCUUCUACCUGCCCUUCUGGGCCGCGGGACAGCUUCAGCAGCAGCAGGGCAAAGGCAGGCCUGGCCCUCAGGGGUCGGGCCUGGAGAAGGGUCAGUACCAGCCUCGACAGCAGCUCCACCAACAGCACCACCCGACCUUCUCGGGGAUUUACUUGGACCGGAAAACGGCAGAGAGCCGGUUGGAGAGGACGCAGCCCCUGUUUGACCACAACACAGCUGUGUGGGUCUGAGCGCGGUUCCAGAACUGAAGCCGUGUGGCUACCAGACUGGCAACAGCAGCUGCUGCUGCCGUCGCGAGGACUUGGCCGCAGAAGAAGCAGAGACACUGACCCACAUACAGACAUUUUUUUCCUGAACUUGAUUGAGAAAGGAUGAACUUGACACACACACACACACACACACAAACAGACACACACAUUUCCAGUUUUGUCUGACAAUCCUAAAACUUCACCACCAACACCUCAAUGUUGGUGGUGUGUGCAUGCAUGCAUGUGUGCGUGUAUGUGUGGUGUGUGUGUGUGUGUGUGUGUGUGUGUGUGUGUGUGUGUGUGUGUGUGUGCAUGUGUGUGUGUGUGUGUGUGUGCAUGCGUCUGUCUAAAAGAGAUAGCAAAUGAACAAAAUACAAUAAUACAGGAUGGAGAUUUUUGUUAUCAUUCAUCCUCACGCCUCUGCAUGCAUGAUUUACUUUCCUACAGCUACUUCAAAAACACAACAUCUGACUCCCAUAUCAGAAUGUCUGCAGAGGCAGUCGGCAUUGCGCUUCAUCAUGAUAGAGCCUUUUGACAUUUGUGCGUCCACUUCAGAAACCGUGACAUUUCUCACAGCUACCCGAUAUCUUUUCAUCUCCUCCUUGGUUCAUCUCAUAGCAAUGGGUACAGCUAAAAAAGCAACAAUUCCUUGAGCUGCAUGAACUUAUUUUUGUUAUCAUAAAGUGCAACUCAAUGUAUCUUUUAUCUAAAACACAGCCAAUCAAUGGAGGUGCCCCCCCCCACCUCCGGCACCGCAUGGGGGAAGAGAGGUUUAGGGACCGUGGUUUGUAAACAGGUCCCACCCAUAGCCAUUUCAUGUUCCAUUCACUAGGCUCAGGGAAUGGAUGGAAGCCAGCACAACACAGGACACUGCCAUAAGUACACACACACACACACACACACAGACACACACACACACACACACACACACACAUGGGACAACUGACACUCCCUGUUGAUCUUGCCUGGAUCAUCGCAUGUUACUGGCUUGAGUCAGAACAUGUUGUGCCCGCGCGACAGGCCGGAACCCCUCGGUCAAUCUCCAGACAUGGCACACCGUGCGUCAACGGUCAGUCCCGGCGGGGGCAGGGGUGUUUUAUAAAAAGAGAAGGGUGGGGGAGGGGGUGGGGGGGGUGUUAUGAUGGGACAGAUGAGACUGGGGCACCAAAGUCUUUGAAAGGGAGAGAGACACACUGACUGUACGACGGCCAUCUGCUGCACACUCAUUAUGUGGAGCUCAACACCCAGACUCUCCAAGGAGACACAUUACAGGUCCGAGGUGCCUGUUGAGCCCAACGUUUCUGGGAGGAGAAAGUAACGCACUAUGCUCAAGAUGUUGCUUAUUUGCAUACUCACACACACACACACACACACACACACACACAGUAAUGGCAGUAUACCAGGGCCCAACAGUAUUGUAAAUCUUCGCCUCCAGGCAGUUCGCCCAGGCAGGUAACCAGCUUUUCGUGUUUUCUGAGAUGUACAGAACAUUGUGCACUUACGGUGUCUGCCAUUUACCCCACAGAGCAGCAAUAAGACACUCGAUCUUUUCCGAUUGCAUGAUUCCAGAGUAAACGUUGUUGUUUUUUUCUCCAUAUGACACAAAUAAAACAUCACAUGACAGUAACACAAGAGUAACGUACACAGUACAGUUCAGUACAGUAAGCCAUUUACCACACGACUUGUAUCUAAACAGUGAUUUUAUGUGUCAAUCUCUCGAUUUUGUUAUAUCAUAAUGAAUACAAUGUUUACCUUCAAUCUACUUCGGUGUAACUUCUCUUCCUUUUUAAACACAGAUAUCAGGUUCUGAAAAACGUGACGAAUAACGACAAAUCCCUCACAAAUUCCCUCAGGGUAACCGAUGAUACUGCCUCAUUGAACAAGCCAUUAGCCUAGCAUCUAGUGGACCACAGUUUCGCAGUGACAAUCUUAAUUCCCAUUAUGUGAGAAUCACUUACAUAUUAUGUCCAAAAACAACCCUUUGUACAAACAGGACUUUGGUCCUCCUGGGAGUUUCUUUUCAAUUGUCUUAGCCAGCCAAUCCAUAUGGUGUUGGUCACAGUAUUCAGGUCAACCAACCUCCUAAGUAACCCCAAAUUGGAAGUUUGUCUAAGGAGGACGCAGAGACAAGAGACUUCUUAAGGCGCGAGGCACCGUCUGAGAGGUCAAUCUAUCACAGUGUUUUGUAUGAAAAUGUAUGUAAUGAAUAAUAAUACUGAUUUCCAUUGGGGUUCUGUGAGCCCCUACAUGUUGUCGAUUCUGUGUUACGUACACGGUGUAAAACUGUCACUGACUCUUUGUAAAUUAAAUCUGUUUUCAGAAUAUCA